AUGAAGUUCCUCCCCAUGAUCGCGGGCCUCAGCGCCCUGGCCGCCGCCGCCCCCGCGGACCUCGACACCCGCGCCUCGUGCACCUUCACCGACGCCAAGACGGCCAUGGCCAAGAAGACGUCGUGCACCGACAUCGUCCUCAAUGGCAUCAAGGUGCCCGCGGGCGAGACCCUCGACCUUACCGGCCUCAAGGACGGCACGCGCGUCACCUUCAAGGGCACCACCACCUUUGGCUACAAGGAGUGGGAGGGCCCCCUCAUCGCCGUCGGCGGCAAAAAGGUCAGCGUCGUCGGCGCCUCGGGCAACUCCAUCAACUGCCAGGGCGAGCGCUGGUGGGACGGCAAGGGCGGCAACGGCGGCAAGAAGAAGCCCAAGUUCUUCAAGGUCAAGAUUAACGACGGCUCCAUCUCCGGCCUCAACGUCAAGAACACCCCCGCCCACGGCUUCAGCAUCAACAGCGUCAGCGGCCUCAAGGUCCAGAACAUCCUCUUCGACAACAAGGACGGCGACUCCAAGGGCGGCCACAACACCGACGCCUUCGACGUCGGCCAGUCGACGGACGUGACCAUCUCGGGCGCCAAGGUCUACAACCAGGACGACUGCCUGGCCAUCAACUCGGGCACCGGCAUCACCUUUGAGAACGGCUACUGCUACGGCUCCCACGGCCUGUCCAUCGGCUCCGUCGGCGGCCGCUCCUCCAACACGGUGCAGAACGUCGUCAUCCGCGACUCCACCAUUGAAAAGGCCGACAACGGCAUCCGCAUCAAGACCAUUGCCCACGAGACGGGCUCCGUCAAGGGCAUCACCUUCGAGAACAUCACCCUCAAGAACAUCAACAAGAAGGGCAUCGUCAUCCAGCAGGACUACGAGAACGGCAGCCCCACCGGCAAGCCCACCGCCGGCAUCCCCAUCACCGACGUCACCGUCAAGAACGUCAAGGGCACCGUCGCUUCCAAGGGCACCAACGUCUACAUCCUGUGCGCCAAGGGCGCCUGCUCCAACUGGAAGUGGUCCGGCGUCUCCGUCACCGGCGGCAAGUCAGCCAAGGACUGCUCCAACAUCCCCUCCGGCUCGGGCGCCAAGUGCUAG